AUGGGACGAGCAGACGAGGUGGUACGAGAAAGUUGGCGUCUCCCUGCUCAUUACCGACCCAAAGGACAGCCGCAGAUCAGCACCAACGUCGUUAUCAUCAAGCUUGCAGAGCUAUUUAAGACCAGCGGGGGCAGGACAAAGCAGAUUGAACAGCAGAUGAGUCACAUAAGAGAAAUGUCUGAGCUACAGAUGUCCUCUUCCACAUCUUCCACCUCUACUUCCAUGAGCUCCACCAAGCUGCGCAAGGUUUCUCAGGGUUUAUCCAGAACCCACGAUGAGCACUCUGGGGUGCAGAGGAAGAUCUCAACUGUGGUGGAGUCCUUCAGCCAGGUACAGAAAUCUCUCCAGAUCCCAAAGGGAGAGUCUGUCCCAGAUUUUGAGGAGAAACUGCGCCCUAUUACUGCCCAAGAGGGUGAUAAUGCAGUGUUCAAAGCCAAGGUGACCGGGAAUCCCUCACCCAGCGUGAUCUGGGAGCGAGCCAGCGGGUCCCCUCUUUCCGACACCGCCAACAGUUUCUGUGACAGCAUCAACCACCAUAUUCUCAAGAUCAAAACGUGACCGUAGAAGAUGCUGAUGUCUACAAAAUGUGUUGCUUCCAACGAGCACGGAGAAGCAAUUGAUUCCAUAUCACUCAUUAUUACGGAAAAUCCAGCAAUGGAAAUCAAAAAGAUGCUGAAGAAGCGCAGUGUGGAGAAGAAAGAUGAAAAGAAGAAGAAGCCGCCUACGGAGGAGGAGAUGUUAAAGAUCCUGACUGGAGCCGAUAAGAAGGACUAUGAUAGAAUUUGUGCUGAGUACGGUUUCACGGACUUCAGAGGAAUCCAGAAGCUGAAGGAGAUGAAGAAGAAAGAGGAGGUGGAGAUGGUACGCGUGCUGAAGCCUCUGGAGGACAUUGCAGCUAAAGAGGACACCAACGUCGUCUUUGACACCAUUUUGGAACUGAAGGAUCCCAACAUCAAGAUGAUGUGGUUUCAGGGCACAGAGCUGCUGCGUAUCCAGUAUUCUCACGGGAAAUAUGAAGUGAAACAGAUGGGAACGAAGCACAUGCUGUGCAUAUCCAGGGUGAGCCUCAGUGACAUGGGCACCUACACUCUGCAGGUUGGAGACAAGACGCUGUCUGCCAAACUCACCAUCAUAGAUGAACCUCUGACAUUUCUGUCAGACUUCAAGCCCAAAAAAGUGACAGAGCGUGAGACUGCUGUGUUUGAGGUCCGACUCUCCAAGAAAACAGAUGCUCCGCUCAUCUGGAAGAUGAAGGGAAAAGAAGUAAAACGCGACGAAAAGUUUGAUGUUACAUUAUCAGAGGACGGCCUGACCUACACUUUGAAGAUUAAAGACGUGAAAGUCAGUGACGCUGGAGACUACGCCAUCAGCAUUGGCGACCUGAGUGCCACCGUGCCGCUCUCCAUCGAACGGAUUCCCAUCAAAUUUAGCAGCCACUUGAAGAACGUGUGCGUGCAGGAGAGAGGAAAAGCCCGCCUGGAAUGCGAGAUGAGCUCCAAGGACGUGAACAUUCGCUGGCUGAAGGACGGCUGUGACAUCACAGCUAGUCGUCGCUAUAUGUUCCUGCGUGAUGGAAGGAGGGCAGAGGUCAUCAUCGAGGACUGCGAGUUGGUGGAUGAGGGAAAGUACUCUGCCGUCUGCAUUCAGGACAACGAUCCACAUGAAUAUGUGACCUCGGCCAACCUGGCUGUCACUGAGCGUUUUGCCUCCGUGAAGCGUGGUCUGUCAGACACUCAGUGUCCGACAGGCGCACCGGCAGAGCUGUGUGUUGUUCUUGAUGAUGAGAAGGUUGAUGGAGUGUGGCUGAAGGAUGGCGUGGAGGUUUCAGCACUGUCUGGAGUUCAGGUGGUCAAACAGGGAACCGUUCACAAACUGAUGUUCAGUGCUGUGACGGACGCCAGCGAGGGAAAAUACACAUUCAGAGCCAAAGGGGCAGAAAGCGAAGCCACGCUCACUAUCGCAGACCCUCCACAGAUUGAUCCAGCUGUACUGGAGCUGUUGGCGGCCCGUCCUGUGACGGUGAAGGCAGGACAAACGGCGACCAUUAAGAUCCCCUUUAAAGGGAAGCCAGUUCCCAGAGUCACCUGGUACAAGGACGGCGUGGAGAACAUGGAGGACGAGAGGACAAAAGUGGAGCGGACAGCAGAGAGCACGUCACUGGUGCUCAGCAAAUGUGUAAGAGAAGACAGCGGAGCCAUUAUGCUUCGUCUGAAGAGCGAAUGUGGGACAGCGGUGGCCAAUCUGCACCUCAGUGUGCUUGACCAUCCGAAAGCACCUCAGGGGAAAGUCGAGUUCCUGGAGCAGUCAGGAAAGUGUAUCAGGAUGAAGUGGAAGGCACCCCGGGACAACGGGGGAAAGCAAGUUACAAGCUUUGUGAUUGAACGUCGUCUGGUAGGUAAGAAGUCGUGGAACAGGGUGGGUGAGGUGGACAGUGGCUCCACCGUAUUCAGUGAUGACAAGGUGGAAGAAGGCCAAGCAUACCACUACCGCAUCAGGGCCGUCAACAGCGAGGGAAUGAGUGACCCAUUGGAGACAGAAGAGGCGCAUGCAGGACAGCCCAUAGAGCCACCAGGCAUGGCAUCCCAGCCCCAAGUCUCUAAUGUUACCAAGGACACCAUGACAGUGAGCUGGACACCGCCGGCCAGUGAUGGAGGAGCACCCGUUCUGGGCUACCUGCUGCAGAGGAGGAAAAAGGGGAGCAACAGGUGGCUGCAGGCUAAUAAUGAGCUAAUCACAGAUUGUAAAUUGACAGUUGAAGGUCUGAUGGACGGUGUGGAGUACGAGUUCAGAGUGAUCAGUGUGAACAGGGCCGGAGCAGGAACUCCCAGUAACAUUUCUAAUGCUGUGCUGGCCAAAGACCCAAUCCGAUGUCCUGGCCUGGUGAGGAACCUCUCCGUAUGCGAUUCUUCAAAUUCCUCCAUCGCUCUAACUUGGACAUCUCCAGAGCAGGGAGACAAGCCCUCGGGAUAUAUCCUGGAAGUCCGCCCUGAGGAUGCUAAAGAGUGGACGAAGACCACAAAGAUCCUUAUCGCUGGUACCACCUUCACUGUGAGCGGGCUUCAGGAGUGCAUGAAGUACUUUUUCCGUAUCCGGGCUGUUAAUGAAGGAGGCGUCGGGGAGCCCAGUGAGCUAUCAGACGGGGUAUUGGCCAUGCCUCCGCCUGUGGCACCCAGGUUUGUUCCGGAAGGGAAGCUGAAGAACCAGAUGGUGGUUCGUGCUGGAACCGCACUCUGCCUUCACCUCAGCUUCACUGGUUCACCGCCUCCAGUGGUUACCUGGUUUAAGGAUGGCAUGCUCACUAAGGGAAGAGAGGUCAUCACCAAGAGCAAGAAUCACUCUCAGUUCCUAAUUUCUUCUUCCCAGCGAUCAGACUCUGGUGUAUACCGUAUACACCUGAUAAACGACUUUGGAGAGGCUCACUACGAUGUCAGUGUCAGAGUCACAGACUUUCCUCGACCCCCAAAGAACCUGCGCCUGUUGGAGGAGGUCCCGGGCACGGUGACCCUGCAGUGGGAUCACACUCCUGACUUGGCUGAUGAUAAAGAGGGAGCGCAUUAUGUCAUCCUUAAACGUGACACCAGCACCGCUUCCUGGUUCACUGCUGCUGAGUGCGUUUUCAGCAGGAAGUACACCGUCACCGGACUGCUACCCGGGAGGAAGUACUACUUCCGUGUCCUUGCACAAAACUCUAUUGGAGACAGCGACCCCUUGGACUCAAAGGAACCUCUCGUCAUCGCCAAAGAUGAACAAUGCAUCAGCAGCCUGAGGUUGAAGGAAUACAUUUCCUCGCCACGUCAGGUGAAGCCAUCUUUCCUGCUGCCGCUGAAGGACCACGCUGUUCACAAAGGCCACGACUGCACCAUGAGCUGUGCUUACCAAGGCAUGCCGACGCCACGGGCCUGCUGGUACAAGGGAGACCUAAACAUCUCCGACUCCCCUCGGUUUUGGCAGAGUACAGCUAACGGAGUGUGCACCCUGGUCAUCCCCGGCUGUGGGGCCAAAGAUGGCGGUGAAUACACCCUGGUGCUGGAGAACCCACUGGGUGUGGUGAAGUGCUCCUGCAACCUGGUGGUCUUUGAUAAGGAUGACAAGAGCCUGUUGGAGACUCUGACUAACUGGGCCCACAAGAAGUUCAUCUUGUAAGAAGCCGACCUGCUUCUGUCACUGCAAACUGAAACAAUGACUCACCACAGAUUUUCUGUUGCAUGUGCUGCUACCAACUGCAAUAGAUUUAGCAGAGCUCAGAGCCUACAAUCAUACAAAUAACAUUCUGAUUUGAUUUAAAUUUUUCUUUUUUAAUGUAAUUUCUUCACAGUACAGAUUUUUUUUAUUGCCUCCCAUCUGUGCUCAAAUUGCUUGGCUCUGGUACUACAAUAAAUGGACUCUAGAGGUCA